CCUCAUGCUAGGCGAUUUAUCCCACCAUGGAGAUACGAGUGAUUCCCUUCUGUUCUAUUACAACUACAAAUCAUUCCAUUUGAAAGUAUUGAAUCUGAUAAAAGAUGCCCAAAAUACCUACAGAGAUAAUAGACCAUAGGGCACGAUCUAAAUAAAUAUGCAAGAAACUAGUUUGGGAGCAUUUUCGAAUCGAUGAAAAUGACGAGUGCAAGGCUAUCUGCAUUCAUUGCAGUAAAUCUGUAUCUUGUGGGACCUGCAAAAGAAAGUUUAAUACAACAAACUUAGCAAGGCAUGUGCAAGUUUGUCUUUAUAUACCACGACGCCGCCCACAGCCAAACGCACCAUCAUCCUCUUCAUCGACAACUUCGUCAUCGACAUCUCUGUCAUCGACAUCAAGCCAGCCGAGGCCUAGAGGAAGGGAGCAGCAGACAUCGUUGACGUCGUUUAUGUCUGUCGAGUCGACAUACCCCCACAACCACCCUAGACAAGUUGCAAUAUCUCGGAAAAUAGCAUUGAUGAUGGCCCUCGAUUUUCGCCCAUUUAACAUCGUCGAGAACGAAGGUUUUCGAAACCUUGUGCAAUACACGGACCCUCGCUAUAGAAUGCCUUCCAGACCAGUAUUUUCUAUGAAUUUAGUACCUGCUAUCUAUUGCGAGGUGAAGAUGGCACUUCAAAAAGAUCUGAGGAGGACGGUUGUACCAUUUAGCUUUACCACCGAUAUGUGGAGAGGCCAAAGCACUGAGUACAUGUGUGUUACACUACAUUGGUUGGUGACGAAUGAAGAAAGAAUACCACAACUAAGAAGCGCUUUAUUGGGUAUCCAAGAAUUUAGCCAGGCUGCAACGGCGGACAACAUUCGAUCACGGCUCGAGAAAGUUGUAGAUGAGUGGUGCCACGAUACGAGAGCGAUGGGCAUCAUGUGCGGGGUGAGCGACAACGGGGCGAACAUCAAGAAGUGUCUACGAGACGCAGCCAACAACGGGAGCAUCCACGGCUCCGUUUCAUGCCUCGCUCAUAAUCUCAACCUCGUGGUGCAUGAUGUAAUGAAGACCCAGCGCCGUAUCUUAGACGGAUUGACUGUCCUCCGGAAGGUUGUUUCUAAAGUGAAGAACUCUAUGCCAGUAAAGCGAAAAUUUGAGGAGCUUCUCAAAAUCUACUACCCCAACUCCACCCACAUCAAGCUCCAAGCAGACGUUGAGACACGGUGGAAUAGCUGCCUGAGGAUGCUCUCUACGAUUCUACCUCAGCGACUUGCAAUCGAGGCCCUCAUCCAGGAUCGUGUCAUGCAGUCCCAUGGUGUGGGGCUCCCAAAAUGUUACAACCACUGGACAGAUAUGUGCGACACGAUGCAAGAAUUUGUGAAGAUCCUCGAGCCGUUCCACGAGGCAACACUGCUGUGCAGUAAGACAACCUCUUCACUUUCAUCCUACUUUCCAACAUUAAAGGGGCUUAUUGUGUCUGUGGAGCGUGCUCAGGUGAGGGGGAUAGGCACCACUAAAGAUCAACUCUUGAAGAAACUUCAGGAAGUGAUGGCGACCCACAUCAUGUCUGAUGACAACGACCACAUCUACUUGGCAGCAACUCUGCUAGACCCUCGAUACAAGAAGUUCAUCCCCCUCCACAAACGGGAACAGGUGGAAUCGGCGGUUAUAGACGCUAUCAUCUCCAUCAUCGACAGAAAAUAUACAACGCCAAUCUCGGCGGCAGACGGAGAUCAGGAUGAGACCGAAGAAGAAGAGUCACAGCAAACGCAAGAAUACGGCGGCCCAUACGACUCCGACAUUGAGACGCCGCCUGAGUACACCAACGAAGAUGGCGACAAUAACCCUGCCACGCCCAUCAACAAUCAACCUCCGCCUCCUGUUCAAGACAGUCGUGCAGGGCGUGCAGCAGCCAACAUGGAGGAUGCAUCUCUUAUGGCAGGAAUACUGGCAUCUACGGAGCCCGAUAGUGAUGACGACAUCGCGGAGGAUAAUGAAUCUCUCCGCGAUGUCGCAUCAAGAGAACUAAAGCGCUACCUUCAAAAACCCAAUAUUGACAUAAGAAGCAAUCAGGAAGCCGUUCUACAAUAUUUCGGGGAAAACGGGAGAGAAUUCCCAAACUUAACCCAAACUGCUCUCUCUUUCCUGGCAUGCCCGAUGUCAAGCGUUACGUCAGAACGCAUGUUCUCAUUGGCAGGAAACAUUCUGACCAAGAAAAGAUGCUCCCUGGACCCAGACAACCUAAACAAACUAGCAGUCAUCAAGGUGAACUAUCACUACAUUCGUUAAAACUGAUUGUUCACAGAUAGAAAGAUCAGACUAAGAUCGAGUUUUAAGUUUAUUAAAUUUUCGUAUUUGUUGCAUUAUUUUAAUUGCUUUUAUAAUUUUUUGUGCAGUUCGGAUUUCAUCAGAAAAAAAUCUCUCAACGCCGAUAAUGACACAUUUGGCAUGAUUUACGGAAAUAAUGAUUAAUUUAAAUCUAAAUUGCUGUACAACAAAAUAGUGAUAGUCAGUCCAUCAGCAGCUAAAAUAGCUCAAUAAAUCUGAUACAAAUUGAAGACUUUAAAGAUCAGUUAUGUUUACUUUUCUGUUGAACCUAAUUUAUGUCGUCAUGAAUAUGCUAUUUCUGAUAGGUACAUUUCCACCACUUUCAUUUUUGCUAUUUUAUUAAAAUAUAUAAUUCACAAUUACAGACUUGUGAGUUAGCAUAUCUCCCUUCUCAAAAUAGAUGUUUAAAUCUGUAGUCAAGCAUGUUUCACAUUCUCAGAGGGGAAAAUUGUGAAUGUUUCAGUCUUUAGUUUGGUUUAACUGUUCAAGUCACGUUACUUCCAACAAUGAAUAUACUUUAAUUUUCUUUGUUUCAGGGGGUUUUAACAGUUGAAUUUCCAAUUUGAAUAGCCGUAAUAAAAGUGAAGAUAAAGAUGGUUAGUUAAAUGAGGAAGAUAUAUAUUUUAAUGAUCAGGGAAUGGAAAAUGAUUAAGAAAUGUGUUUAAAAUUGAAACCCUUUUUUUCGAACUAUAUGGUUGGAUUUCUGGUUUAAGUUCGUAAAAACUGAGCAAUGUAUGUUUAUUAUGUCCAUGUUUCAGGUUUUUGUUUCCUUUUCUUACAGUUUAUGUCAUAACUUUUUUUCAAUUACUAAUCUUUAAGGGGGAGUUUCGUCACAACUAGCAACUUUUGUCUAUUUCAAUAGAAAUGUCAUUUGAUGUAAAA